GGGUUGCAGUCAGUAUUGAUUGUACUUUUAUCAGAUACCACAGAAAUGUUUCUAUGCUUUGACAAGCACUCCCUACAGUGCUGACUGACAUGUGUGCUUGUUUUAUUUUCAUAGGUGUGUUCUGUAUGCCUCUGUACAUCCCUUAUGCCCUGACAGGGACGUGGCACUUGGGACAAGGCCUGUGCAAGGUCUGGCUUGUUAUGGACUAUCUCGUGUGCACAGCUUCAGUGUUCAGCAUCGUCCUUAUCAGCUACGACCGUUUCCUGUCAGUUACAAAAGCUAUAUCUUACAGAGCCCAUCAGGGAAUAACCUCCAACCCUGCCAUCAAGAUGGUGGCCAUAUGGAUCUUAGCCUUUCUCCUCUAUUGCCCAGCAAUCCUCUUUUGGGAGCACGUGGUCGGACACAGCGCAGUAGCGGCAGAUCAGUGCUACGCCGAGUUCUACGACAACUGGUACUUCCUCCUGUGUGCAUCCACCCUGGAGUUCUUUGUGCCACUGCUCCUGGUGAUCUACUUCAAUAUGCACAUCUUCCACAGCAUCCAGAGGCGCCAGCGGCAAGGCAGUGUGCAGGACUGUGAACCUCCAAGGAGCAGCAGCCUGUCCUGGAGAUUUUGCCCUUUGCCAAGAUUAGGGGCAUCUUCUUCCUCGGAAGCAGAGGACAGUGUUUCAUCACUAACGAGGUCGUGGAGACCAGCAGUGAUGGCUAACUGUCCAUCUAGAACAGAAACCAGUCCUACAGUUCUCAAAAGGAACUUUUUUGUUUCUUUCCAUUCAAGGACCGGGUCAAAACUGCAGCGGGACAAAAAAAUCGCGAAGUCACUUGCCAUAAUUGUCUGUGUGUUUGCUGUUUGCUGGGCCCCAUACUCUUUAUUAAUGAUUGUUCGUGGGGCCUGCCAAGGAAAGUGCAUCCAUAACUCCUUGUAUGAAGCAGCCUUUUGGCUUUUAUGGAUCAAUUCCUCUUUGAACCCCUUUCUCUACCCUCUCUGUCAUAUGAAGCUUCGAAUGGCUUUCAUAAAAAUAUUGUGUCCCAAAAAGUUUGCAACACUGAGAUCAGGUAACACACCUUCUCUUUAGAGAGUUAAAAUAAAUGUGUUAACAAUAAGGUUCCUGUGUUAUUUAGUGGUAUCUUUUUAUAUGUAUCUUCAG